AUGGCGGACGACAAAUCGCCACUUGUUCGAGAUAUACGGAUUAGUGAUGCUGUUAUAUGCGAUAAAAAUCAAGAUAUUUUAUCUCGGAUGGAUAUGACCGAUAUUGACAUGGACGCCGAAACAACGUUUCGAUUUACCGCAUGUGAUUCUCAAUCGACUGGUAUUUCAAAUUAUCAUUAUAUCGUCGAUUCUCAUGAUUAUUCAUGUCUUUCAAUAUCCUUCAGCAAUCCUCCAGGUCCAAUCUACCACGUACGAUACUUAAGUGAAAUUACAAAUUCACCGCUCGAUGGUAACAUCGUACAUACGAAGAAGAAGACGAAAAAGAAUAUUUCUGGACGUUAUCUGAAGGGAGAACAAAAACGACACGUGACCAUCAAUCUUCCUUUAAAUUUGUUUGAUUACAAUGAAUAUUAUAUCCGGGUCACUCGUCUUACUGUUCCCUAUCAAAACUGUUCGUUUAUUCAUCCAUAUCCACUUUUGUAUUCGCCACCAAAGAGAAGAACACUCUCUGUCAUCACAGAAGAAAAAGAAUGGAUUUAUUUCAAGCUAACCAGGGAAGAUCUUUGUUCUCAUUCAAAACAAUUUCCAAACCUCAUUCUAACUCGUAUCAAGCAAUCUGAAUUGAAAGCGAUGCACACAUUAAAGUUAUACGAUGAUCAUUUAGUUACAUGUACAUUUGAAGGUGACACUCCAAAAAAGAAGAUUGCUCUCUAUCAAUUGAAAAAAUCUCAACUUGACUUUCGCUUAGUCAUGAGAUGUCCUCAAACUGGAGGAUUUAUAGAUUUACACGCCUCGUGCCGAUCAAGAGAACUUCUUGAAGGACUCAUAAACGAGUCCAAUGGCAGUUGCUUUUUGUUGUUUAUUCUCUAUGGUCUAGAAAAUUUGCCAUAUGCAUUAGCCACCAAUAUUUGUAAAAAUUAA